AUGGCGACAAGAUGGUCAAAAUAUUUUUUCUUUUUCUCCUCUGGACUCAUUAUUUUCCUUCUUGUCGUGCUAACUUUUGACGACAUCCACCUAGGUAAGUUUUCAAGGCGGACAAUGAAAUCGUCGUUGCAAGUAAACAACACACAUUCGCUUGAAAACAACUUGGACGCGAUGAUAAACGUGAAUUCAACAAAUAACAACUCACAACUCAUGCAACGGGAAAGGACAAAGACGCUUUUACUCAUCUACACUGUUUUUUUCGGGAGAGCAAAGUGGAUAAGAGAUCGUGAUUGUGGAUUUGAAAACAAGUUUUUAUUUGCCGCAAAUAAAUGUCUCUCAGGUGAUUUCGAAUUGACCUACGACAAACAGCGGUUUGAGGAAAGCGACUUAGUCGUGUUUCACGCUAGAAACAUGCCAAGUGUAGAUCAUCUAAGAACGCUGCUGAAAAACAGGCCCACUUCACAGCGCUGGGUAUAUGCUGUGUGGGAAAGUCCAAAUGCAACACCAAAUCCUGGUCCAUUAAACGGACUGUUUAACUCAACGUGGACUUACAGAAGCGAUUCAGAUUUCUUGUCGCCAUACGGAAGUUACGAGGAACUGAGUGAAGAAGAAAAAAUGAAUAAAAUAAAAAACAUACCGGACUAUUCCCAAGGAAAAACUGAACUUGUGGCUUGGAUGGUUAGUAAUUGUGGCGCUCAACCUCGAAUGGCUUUUGCCCAAACGCUGAAAAAAUACAUCAAGGUUGACGUGUUUGGAAGGUGCUCCGCAAAAUUUGGGCAACAGAGAGGUUGUAGAAAUCUAGCUGCUUGCCUUAAAACGUUUAAGUUUUAUCUGGCAUUCGAAAACGCUUUAUGUGAGGAUUACAUCACUGAAAAAUAUUGGGGAAGGCUUGGUAAGACCCUGGUUUUUUUAACACUUUUUGUUACAAAAUAGUUUCCGAAAGUCCAGUUGGAAAGUAAAUAGAACACCAUAUUUUGGGUCGUUCCAGCAGAGAAUUUCCGCGUACAUGCCAACUCUUCCGGAUACAGCACCGAUCUCCCGCUCUCCUGUACGGGUCAUCCAAUCUCUGGGAUAAAAUCGACUUUUGAACUUUUCUGUGCUUAAGUUUAAAGUUUAGCUCAUUUUUAUAGUCAAAACUGAAAUUUGUUUUAUUUAUAAUACGGUUUCUGGGGCACCUUUGCAUCAAAACGAGAAGUCCAAAGACUAUCCAUCCAAAAGGCCCGGAGCUAGCCCUCGAAGAAAAUUAAAAUCCCACAGUUUUUGAACGGUCAAAAUGCGUAGUAAGAUUCAUACGUGCCAGUGAAAAAUCGUCCCACUGAUUGCUUCUUUUUCAUUGGAUGUCGUUAAACAAUAAUUGCCUACCAAGUCUGCUUUAAAUCAGUUACUGUUCAACCAUUUGGUUAAUGACAUCCAAUCAAAACCAGGCAAUCAGCGGGACGAUUUCUCACUGGGAUGUGACAGUAUUUAUGAAAAAGUCGAGAAAACGUUCUGGUUUUGUAGUUUAUUCAUAUUUUAAGGACAGUGAAUUUACAUCUGCUAUCCAAAUGGAUGGAAAGUUUUAAACUACUAGGUAUGUGAAAAGGAUACCAUUUGUCAACAGCAGGUCUACAAAAGGGGUACCGUUCCUCUCAAAAAUUCCUCUAUAAAAGGGACAAGGGCUGGACCUAAGGGCGGAGCCUCCUAGUAACAAACACAAACCUGUCAGAAAAACCUAUAGACCUAAACAUGAUAUUUUCUGCCUUUUUAUAGCGUUUAGUUUUCCUUUUUGAUAUCUUAUAAUAUACUUCGAAUGCGCUCAUAGACAUGGUGGAGAUUCUAUUUUCGCGGGGAAAAAGUGCCCUAAAAUGUGUCUAAAAAUAAACUGAUCCGUGAAAGCGCCGUGACAUAGGCCUAGUAUGGGAGUUGCUCGCUCAAGGUUAUGGGCUCCUAAAUUGUGGCAUUUUAAAAUACUCGCUAGCCUAAAAGUUUUUCUGAUUUCCUGUUUUCCUGAUUCUGUAAGUGUUUUCUUCUCUAAUUGGCAAUAUUAUGAGUGAAAUGAAUUACUGCCUGCGGGCCAUGAUAAAGGCCCUCUAACUGGGACAGAUUUCUGGGACGGUUAUUAGAGCGUGACCGCUUAAUACAGGUGCACAGCAUUGGUAAAUAGCAUUUUAGCUAUGGGCGUCUACAAUUUAAAGAGGGUCUGAAUGGGGGUACAUCGAUAACACUAAACACUUCAUUUUUUGGCUUUGUAACAUGAGACAGUUAAAUUUUAGGCAUUUUAACAGUAACAGUAAAAAAUUCUUUUUAACAGUAAAUUUUCUCCAGGAAAAAGAAAACACGUCUCCAAAAAGGCCAAUAUUAUUUUGUUUAGUAUAUCAAGGAGUUUUCGGCCAUUUUACGACAAUUUAAGAGACUGCCGAAGAUUUUCGAAGGCUAACGAAGAGGUCCGACCAUUGCUGAAGAUAUCCGAAGAACCCUCCAAACACUUGACAGUACUUUCUUCGGAAACAGCAAACAUUAAAAACUUGGCCAAUUUAACAGCAAACACUAAAAAUUAUGGGAGAAUAACAUUUAACACUAAACCCCAUAUAGACCCUCUAUAAAUAUUGCACAGUUUGGUAGUUUUUAGAUCAUGAUUAGAUCUCUUUUUUAUUCCAGGUGAUAUGAAUGUCAUCCCUGUUGUGAUGGGAGGUGCCAAUUACUCCAAGCUGGCUAUUCCGGGGUCUUAUAUCAAUGUUAUGGACUUCAAAACUGUUAAACAACUGGCAGAGUACCUUCAGUAUCUGGACAAAAAUAACACUGCUUAUAAUGAAUACUUUAAAUGGAGACUAAAAUACAAGGUGUUUCGCAGCAACCUUGAUUUAUCAAUGUGUCAAAUAUGUAAAUGGUUUGUUUCAAAAUCUCCGCUUGAACCGAAAGUUUAUGGUGACCUUAGCACGCACUGGCUGAAGAAGGGACGAUGUAAUGAGAAAAGCCAUCUUAUCCGAAAUAUGUGGAAAGACGAAUGA